UUUUUUUUUUUUUUAAACACGAGUCAAAAGUACCUUAUACGAUGUCUGCCAUUUUCAAUUUUCAAUCUUUGCUUUUAGUCAUUUUACUUAUGAUUUGUACAUGUACAUAUAUUAAAGCUCAAGCACCAUCUUUAUUAGACAGAAACAAAACUGGUGUACUUGGAUUAUUUUGGAAAGCAGCACGAAUUGGUGAAAGAUUAAGCCCAUAUGUAUCACUUGCCUGCAUUAUAAUGGGCAUUACUUUAAUGAGCUCUUAAAUAAAAUGUGUGU